UUCGAGUUUUGGCUUGGGUUAUGAAAAGUGUGACUUGUCAAUCUCAUUCGCAAUUUGGGCAAAAAAUUUGGGCAAAAAAUUUGCCUAUGAAAAAGUCUAAUGUCUUUCCAAUAAAAAAUAGAAGCCCAACAUAUAAAAAACUCAUUCGCUCAGUACCCAAUAAUUAGCCCAUCUCAAAAUCUAAACUGUAUCGAUUCAGUUUCCCAUCGCCACGGUAAUCAAUUCCCCACUACCUCAUCUUCACUCCCCCAUUUAUUCACAUCAAUCGAAACUAAUGGCCAUUACCUUCAAAAUCAUACCCUCUUGUGAGAAUCUCCUAUACGUCAGCUCUCCGAUCAAACUGAUAUAAGCAAAAAAACUUCAAUCAAAACAUGGCACCAAAUAAAGCAAAACAGUCUCCCCAACCAUUCACCUUUAAGAUUUUCGAUGAGAUUGAUGGAGAUUAAUGUGAAGAAGAAGUUUUACUCCGACCUCUCCAUCUCGCUAUCUUCUUCUUCAUAUCCAAAUCGGUAGCAACGCAGAUGUUAACUAGUGAAUCUAUUACUCUGUACCAUGUCAAUAAAGAAUUUCGCCCAGAUUUCAAUUUAGGAUUGGAGGUCAGUAAAUCAACACUCCCUAAUUUUAUUGCCUGCAGCAAUUUUUUUUUUUCUUUCUUCAUGUUUUACCAAUUAUUUUCCCUGCGUUUGACGUUUUGUUAUUUUCGUUAUACCACUUUAGCCACAUUUGACUAUUCUAUCUUUUAACUCCUCGCAUAGUAUAUGCGUAUUAUGACAAAGAAAAGCUCAAGAGAAAAACUAUCAAGGUGCAUAUCUUAAUAUGUAGACAUGAUGCAUUGAAUAAUCUGCAUUCUGAGUUCUUCACCCAACUGAAUCAGACCUCAUGAUCAAGAUCCCAGUAACUAUAAAGCUUUUAAAAGUUUAAAGAAGAAUUUUUUUCAUUAUUGUAUAUUCACUGUCCAUCCUAUGAUUCCUAUUGUAUGAUCUAAGCAGAUGAUUUAAAAUAAAGGCGUAGAGCAUAUGCAAAGUGUGACUUAGAAAAAUACAUUGAAAUAAAGAUAUUGUUUGCAUGAUAGGGAAAUAGAGGAAUAAUAUCGACUGGAGGAGUAUGUGCAGUAAGAAGGAAUGGCAAUUGUUUUGUAAGGUAGAUUUAACAUUUUCACAGAAUAAAUAAGGAUCAGGUUGUUGUUUGACCUUUUUCUCACAAAUCUAACAUACCCCAACUAAUUCAAUAAAACUUGAGAACAUAUAGGUUUCUCCCUUUAAACUAUUGGCCCAAGUCAAUUCCGGAUAGUGCAUGCUAAUGUAGCAAAUUAAAUUGAGAAUAGUAUGCUUUUUUAACAAUUGCAUCAACACAUUGCAUUUGCUUGCCUCGCUUUGAAACUAAAAGAUGGUGUUAUCUUUUUUUGUGGCCAAAAAAGAAGUCUUUUACAAUCAUGAAGCGUUCAAGGACAAGACUACUUCUAUUUUUAGCCCACAAGUUGAUUAUUAAUAUCACAAAAACAAAAAGUAUCAAUUGUUAAAUAUUUAUAUCGUACCUGGGCGUAGCCCGAAUUAUCUUCUAGUAAAAACUUCUAAAACAUCUAAUCAAACGAACGGGAGUGAGUAUAUAACUACAGUGUAUGCUAAGUUGUUUAUAAGAAGACUAUGCAUAAAAUAUCCAGAAUACAAGUUAACAUUAGAUUGAUUUAAUAGCAAGACCAAUUAAUAGCGUAUUGUUUUCUGAUGGGUUUAUCUCAAGCCAGAGUAUAAUUCACUAUGAAAUACAAGAGUACUAAUAGCUACCACAUGUCCUAACGACUUUAUCAUUCUAAUUUCUAGAACUUUAAUUGUGACACCUAAAUUGUUAAAUGUUAAUAUAUACAUCUUAACUAAUUCAAUUAUACUUUUAGAUAUUAUUACGACUAGAAGCGGGACCAUGAAUGCUAUGUUCUUAAAAUCCCGACCUUUCUUCUUCCCCAUGCAAUUUGGAAAAUCAACAUCAGAAUUGAAUUAAUUUCUCGUAAACAAAAAAAAAGUAAUGAAUUUAAAUGCCUAUAACUAUAAUAAAUCUUUACUCUGUAAACUUUACGCAUGCAAAAUCUCAUAUUCAAAAUUUGAGGUCCAUGCAUUAACAAGAGUUUCUUGGAAAAUGUUAAAAGUUUGAGAACAUUUUCAAAGUGUCUUUGGACCUUUCACCUUAUUCUUCCUUUUAAGAAGACCAAAACUGACAGUGAAAGUUACACCCGAUCUGUCUUUUUCGACUCCAUUGAUUCUUCUGCACCAAACCUAUAAAAGGGUUCCUUGUCUUGUAAGACAAGUAAAGCCUUUUGGUAAUUUCUACAGUUGCUUUGAUGGAUAAUAAAGAGAUACGAAAGCUCUUGGAAAAUAACGAGCAAACAAGUCUAUUCGCUAGAGUAUGUUCUUGGUCAAUCAAAGAUAUCCUCAACGAAGAUCUCUACAAAGAAAAGUUAAAAACAAUACCAGACAGAUUUAGUUCUGUCGAUGAAUACUUUCAGUGUUUUGUUCCUCAUUUACUCGAGGAAACACGAACCGAGUUGUUCUCGAGCUUCAUAUCUUUAUCGAAAGCUCCCGUCUGUCGAAUACUUUCUGUUGAGACAAAGAUAUAUGAAUUUAGUGGAAGGUCAUCGAUCAAGAUGUUCCAUGAUAUUAAAUUAAUGGAUUAUGCAGACGACAAAAGUGAAAAGUACGAGCCAAAGUGUGGAGAUAUAAUUGCAUUGAGUCCUCUGAGUUUGACAGAGGAAAGACCAAGAAUUGAUUACUUGAAUCCUUUACUUCUAGGUUACGUCUUCUCUGUGUUUGGUGAUUAUAAAAUCUCUGUUCACUUCUCUAGAUCAAUCUCUCAGAGUGAGAAACAUUCAUUUCGCUCUGGUAUAUUUCUCAUGACUUUAACCACAAACACUCGAAUUUGGAACGCUUUGCACAACGAAGUUGCCGAUUCUACUCUAAUCCAGAGUGUGCUUCAAGAAAAUUCGCAGGCUACAGAACAAUGCUUUUCUUGUGGAAAUGAUGAUGAUGGUUCUGAUUCUGACAGUGUUUUGGAUAGAAUUCGUUCAGCAAAACUGAACUCUUCCCAAGAAGCUGCAAUUUUUGGUUGCCUUAAGACAAGGAAUUGUAAUCACAAGAAGAGUGUGAAACUGAUAUGGGGACCUCCUGGUACAGGCAAAACAAAGACGGUCACGACUUGAUAUAUCACGACUCUUCUCUCUGCUCUUAUCCAACUAAAGUGCAAAACAGUUGUGUGUGCUCCUACAAACACAGCUAUUGUUGCAGUUGCAUCGAGGUUAUUGGCUUUAUCUAAGGAAACAAUUGUGUGUGCUCCUACAAACUCUGCUAUUGCUGAAGUGGUAUCAAGGUUCUCGUCCUUAUUCUAUGGAACUUCUAUAUUAGAACGUACCACUUACGGUAUGGGGAAUAUAGUUCUAUCUGGUAACCGCGAAAGAAUGGGGAUUAAGAACAAUAAAGUUCUUCUCAAUGUGUUUUUCAAUGAUCGUGUUAGUAAACUUGGCAGACUCUUUUUGUCUACAUGUGGAUGGAAGAAGAGGUUGGAGUCAGUCAUAGAUUUUCUUGAGAACACAGAGGCUAAGUAUGAGCAACAUGUACAUGAAUUAGAAGAACUUCAUAGGAUUUUGGAAGAGGAGAAGAAGGAAGAUGAAAAGAAGAAAGAAACCGAAAAGAAGAAGGAAGAAGCUGAAAGUAAGAAGGAAGAUGAUGAUGAGAGUGUGAAGGAAGAAGUUGUAAACAUUCCUACAUUUGGAGAGUUUGUGAAAAAGAAGUUAUAUGUCUUAAGUGAAGAAUUGGGGAAAGAUAUGGUUGAUUUGUGCACUCAUCUACCUAAGUCUUUCAUUUCAUCUAAAGAUGUGAAGAAUAUGAUAGCAGCCCGCCAAGCGCUUCACCGUGUUAGAGAUUUCUUGCAGGAGAAUUCAUCUAGAGAUGAUUUCAAGAAAGGUGGUUUUAGAUUCAAUUGCUUUAACAAACUCAUCAGUGUUGAUGCUAUUGAGGCUCUAUGUCUACUUCCAAAAUGUUUUGGGAUUUUUGGCUUAGAAAAUUAUGAAGAUAUCAGGAAAUUUUGUCUACAAAAUGCAGAUAUAAUCCUCUGCACAGCCUCAAGUGUGGCCAAUAUGGUUCCGGAAAGGAUAGGCUCUGUCGACCUUCUCGUGGUCGAUGAGGCAGCUCAGCUUAAAGAAUGUGAAUCAGUUACCGCAUUGCAACUUCCUGGACUUCGUCAUGCGCUUCUAAUAGGAGAUGAGUAUCAGUUACCUGCAAUGGUUCACAGCAAGGAAUGCGAAAAGGCGAAAUUCGGAAGAAGCUUGUUCGAGAGAUUGGUUUUGAUUGGUCAUAACAAACAUUUGCUAAAUGUUCAAUAUCGGAUGCAUCCUUCGAUUAGUUGUUUCCCUAAUAAGGAGUUUUAUGAUGGGAGAAUCACUGAUGCAUCGAUUGUUCAAGAACGCAUUUACGAAAAGCGGUUUCUUCAGGGAAAAAUGUUUGGUUCUUUCUCUUUUAUCAAUGUGGGACGUGGGAAAGAAGAGUUUUGUGAUGGACAUAGUCCUAAGAAUAUGGUUGAAGUUGCUGUCAUUUCCGAAAUCAUAUCCAAUCUUUUCAAAGUUUCAAGUCUAAGAAACCAGAAGAUGAGUGUUGGAGUGAUUUCACCUUACAAGGGACAAGUGAGAGCUAUCCAAGAGAGAAUUGGUGAUAAGUACGGUUCCUUAUCAGGUCAGCUUUUCACUUUGAAUGUUCAAUCGGUAGAUGGGUUUCAAGGAGGAGAAGAAGACAUUAUCAUCAUCUCUACCGUUAGAAGUAACGUUAAUGGAAACGUGGGAUUUCUAAGUAACCAUCAAAGAGCCAAUGUGGCACUGACUCGUGCAAGACAUUGUUUAUGGGUGAUUGGUAACGAGACCACUUUGGCUCUAAGUGGUUCGAUUUGGGCAGAACUUAUAAGUGAGUCGAGGACACGUGGAUGCUUCUACGAUGCUGUUGAUGAUAAGAAUCUAAGAGAUGCCAUGAGUGAUGCUUUGCUUGAUGAUGUGUCUUCGAGUUUUGGAUCUUUUUCCAUUAGGAAUGGCUAUGGGAGAGGAAAUGGUUGGUAGAUUUUUAUUUUGUCUUCGUUUAUGUUUUUGUCUUUCCUAAGAAAACUUUCUAUGGGAUUUAUGAUAUUUAUUUAUGGUUUUCAAUA